CUUCAUGAUCUCGUUUCUUGCCGGACCCAAUGUUGGUGCACAAGAACCUGGCAUGGCGUCCUUCAAUUUGAGACCGACAGAAUAGACGAAUAGUCAUCGAAAACUACUUCACGAUGCUGAUUAAGACUGUAUUCCAGCGAAUCCAACGCCGUUUCAGGUCGACUGCCGCAGCAGCAGUGCGUGACGAGGCUCUCAGCCACCGCAAUGCAGUCUUCUCUAGAGAGCAGGCCCGGCAACGAGCUCUCUACCCCCGCGUGGAGAAGAUCGAGGUGUCCAUGCAGGGGCCGGGGCUGGAUGGUACUCUGCUCAUCAUGAACAGAGGAAUGUCCACGCCGCUGAGCUGUGCCAGUCACCUGACAGAACAUCACGUGACCAACUCUGCUUUGGCCCUCGUGGAUGGCGAGCCUUGGCCUCUCCACCAGCCGCUCACUCACUCCUGCACGCUUACGUUGCUCACAUUCAAAGACAGCGACCCCACGUUGGUCAACCAGGCAUAUUGGCGUUCCUGUGCGGCCCUUCUCGGUCAGGUGCUGGAGACGGCGUUCAAGGACCAAUUGUCUGUGGAGUUGCUCUGCACACCAGAGGUGCCAGUUACUUCAGGGGCUUUUCUUUGUGACUUUGUCCUGGACCCUCAGCUGGACUCUUGGACUCCCAAUGAGGAGUCAUUGCGCUCUCUGACAAUAGGGGCUCAGCAGCUUAUCUUCCAGGACUUUCCCUGGGAGCCUCUGGAGGUGGUCCCCUCUCUGGCACUUGAAGUCUUCUCACACAGCAGGUGUCAGCAGGAAGCGGUAGAGCAGAGGGCAGCCCAGAAUCCCAAAGGGACAGUGACACUUUACAGAUGUGGGGACCAUGUCCUUUUGAGCGGGGGCCCCCUAGUGGCCCGAACAGGUCUGUGCUUCCAGUACGAGGUGACAGCGCUCCACAGCCUGGGAGCAGGGCCCUGGGGCCUCCAUCGGCGAGCACAGGGCCUCUCACUGCCUCUGCAGCUGGAGGCCCACCACACAGUCUGGAGGAAACUGAGGCAGCGGGCAGAGAAAUUGGUAGAGGUGCAGCCGCCUCCGGAAGCGACUCCGCCCCCUGUUGUUGCUCCCGCUCCACAAUUAAGCAACCAGUAACAUCUGAAUUCUACACACGCACACACACUCGCCGUGUGUUGUCUGAACAAUAAAAAUUGACAAAAGAAA